UUUGAUUAGAUUAGGCAAAUUAAGUGCCUAACAAGGCGAUUAAUUAUUCAACAAUUUAGUAGGAUCCAGUAUCAAGAUGCAGAAGAAACCAUGGGCGAAGAAAGAGAUCCGGCAGCAGAACAUCAAGAAGUUGCGGCAAGCGCUGCAGAACUGCGGCAAGGCAGAGAGUGAGAGCGUGGAGGAGUUUGAGCAGCAGAUCCUGGACAAGAGCCGGUCUAUGGAGGAGUACUUACAGAAUGUAGCCAAGGUAUUAGUGCACUGCAGUAACAGUAACAAGAUGCAGAACCGGCACAUGGCAGGGCAAGUUCCCCACAACUCCAACAUAAUGCCAGGUAUGCACGGUGCGGUACCAGGAGGACCCGGCCACCACCCCCCAUCUCAAGCUCCACAGCCUGGCAUGAUGCAGAUGCAUCCCGGACAGAUGACCCAGGGAGACCCUGGUGGCCCGGGUAUGAUGGGACCAGGGAUGGCUCCGGGUCCCGGGGGUGUGCAGAUGGGUAUGAUUCAGAGAAGACAAAUGUUCAGUAACCCUAAUGUUCACCCUGGAUCUCCUCAUGUUCAGUCUACUGGGGGACCUGUACCUGACGAGGACCAAUUGUAUGCUAUGAAGUUAGCGGAACUACAGAAGAAGUACAUAGUCCCGCUCCAAAAACUAAAAGAAAAGAAUGCCCAGAAAAAGAGCGGUGAAAUGAAAAGAAUAGACGAAGUUCUUGACGUUCUCAUGUCAUCACGGAAGAUAAAGAUGGAUAACCUAGUCAGCAUAGAGUCAGUUCUGUUCAAGCUGUUUACCAACAAGUCGUCCAGUAGUGGGGACUCUGGUUCCGUUGAAAGACCUCCAAUGUCAGCUGAUAAAGCCGCGCACUUAGCUGCUGGAGGCUCAGUUGACAAAGCAGCACAACUAGCUGGUAACGUUAGAAACACCCACUUCUGUCAGCCCCUGAUAGACGGUGUUGCUAAUCACGCCUGUAACUCUUCUUUCUUUCAUACUGUCAGACGUACAUUUGGUUUGGGACUGUACUCGUUACACGGGGAUGUUACCCAGUAUCCGCCAGCUAAGAGGCCUAAGAAGGGGGAGCCAUGCACACUUGAGAUUCUGGACAGUGAGAUAGAGCGCCUUCCUACUGUAUUCAAGGCACAAGUAAAGAACAGGUCCCGAGGGGAUCUGGAAGUUGAAGUGAAGCACAUGAAACACAGUAUAGUACCUUCUCUCUGUGUGGUAGUACCCAAGAAAUACCCUGAACAAUCGCCCUGGGUGAAAGGAACGAGAAAUAAACUAGGAUUAGCGAUUGAGAAAGAUCUGGAAAACAAUCUAAUAGCAAUGUCAAUGAACUGCACUCUGACGGAGAUCUUACUGUAUUGGGAGGUUUGUAUCAAGAAGUGUUUGAAAAACAGAAUAUCUCGUGUCAAGGGAACAUGAACAUUGGAACGGAUGAUAUAAUUAUGUUAUCACACUUGAUAAGUUUGAAUGCUAAAGGAUGACGACACAAUAUUUCAGAUGGUAUUUUGAUUAAUAUAAAAACAUUGAUUGUAUUCCAUCAUGAGAAUCGCCCAGGGUUGAAUAAUUGAUAAUCUAAUGUACCCUUAUUUGAAAUUUAAGAUUCGUUCUGCAUUGUUAUUAUUUGAUGGAUUUUGUCAACUAAAGUGUGUUUUUAUUGAGUCU